CCGCCGUCCCGGGGAGAGCAGGCAGACACGACUGAACGACGCGUCAACUUCAUCCACACUGACCAACAAAUUUGCAAAUAUGCCGAGGUCUUUUCUCGUGGAUUCCUUGAUUUUAAGGGAGGCCAAUGAUAAAGGAAACGAGAACAACUCACCUUUAUUCCCGUACGCUGUGCACUCUCCGCAUCACCCGCACGGGCUGCCGAGUUCCUGCCACUCCAGGAAAGCCGGGCUGCUGUGCUUCUGUCCGCUGUGCAUGACGGCGUCCCAGCUCCACCCGUCUCCACCGACACUGCCGCUCCUUAAGGCAACCUUCCCUCCCUUUAGCUCACAGUACUGCCACUCAGCUCUGUCACGGCAACACUCUUCAUCCAACAGCGUGAACCUCAGCCACGGACCGGGCAUAUACCAAGCUGCGUACUCAAUCCCAGACCCUCGACAGUUCCACUGCAUCUCCGUAGAAAACAGCAACGGCAAACUUCAGAGCAGCAAGCGCAUGCGCACCGCCUUCACUAGUACCCAACUUUUGGAGCUGGAGCGAGAGUUCACCUCCAACAUGUACCUUUCCAGACUAAGGCGCAUCGAGAUCGCCACAUACCUGAACUUGUCCGAGAAGCAGGUGAAAAUCUGGUUCCAGAACCGCAGGGUGAAGCACAAAAAGGAAGGCAAGAGCAGCGGCCAAAGGACUGGAUCGCAUAACUGCAAGUGCUCGUCCCUGUCAACUGCGAGAUGCUCAGAGGAAGAAGAGGAUGACCUUCCCAUCUCCCCAUCCUCGUCCGAAAAGGAGGAUGUGGACCUGUCCGUUUCCCCCUGAACGCCCCUAACCUUCUCUCCUCUGAAAGAUUUUGGUCCUCAUGAUUUUGAAAACAGCCCAAAAAAGACUGCUCCGCUUGUGUUCAGUCGUGUGUACAUAGACAGAGAGAAUAUUUAAUCAGGGAAUUGCCCUGAAUUAUUGUAUAGCUGUAUACAUGUUGUACGUUUUGUAUGUAGUUUUUUUCUGAAAACGGUUCGUUCGUUGUUGCCAAUCCGAUGAGUGUGAUAGGCAGAUUUGUAAAGACAUACCCCAAAUGACAAAAAAAAAACAAACAAACUAAAAAACAAUAGCAACAUUGCUUUUUAGUAUUUUGGGGAAGACUAUUUUGUAACAAUGGUGAACACUGUUUAGAUUCAUUCUAUGUGGAUGGAACUGUGACUUAAACUGUGGAAAGCUCGAGAGAAAUUCCCUCACUGUCACAUCACUGAGAUCACUCUGAAAUUAUAUCUUC